AUGGUCGCCAUCGAAUCUGAUGCGAUUGAAAAAGUUUCAAGUAGUGAAUCCGAGUCGUUGAAGAGUGACGCCCAUGGAGUUGACACGGUCGAUAUUUUGGGGAAUGGUUUGGUGGAAAAAAAGGUUCUUAAGAAGGGUUUGGGACAAGAUAGUCGUCCUGCUCAUGGUGACUCUGUCGUGAUAAGUUAUAAAGGGUGGUUGGAAGAUGGGACACUCGUCGAAGAAGCUGAGAAUUUGACCAUCGUUAUAGGGGACGGUGAAUGUGUGCAUGCACUCGAACUUGCUCUUCCUCUUGCUGAAUUGAAAGAAGUAUUUGAAGUCAGAACUGAUGCUCGUUUUGCGUACGGCGACAUGGGAAGGAUGCCCGAUAUUCCUGGAAGAGCAAAACUCAUUUACCGUGUAACUCUAGAUGAAUGCGGAGAUCCCCCAUGCUACGAAACUAUGCCGAUUGAGGAACGCUUUCAUAUAUCCAACAGAAAACGCGAACGCGGGAACUUCUAUUUCCAUCGAAACGAAUAUCAAUAUGCCUUAACCUGCUACACAAAGGGGGUGGAGAUCCUGCUGAAGAAGUCUCAAACGCCAUCUGUGUGCUCCAUUGAGUCUCCUCUCGAUUCCUCCUCUGCCUCCUUCCAAUCCAAGGAUUUGGAAAUAAAAUUAAAAAAUAACGUUGCUGCCACACAGCUCAAGCUUGAAGCCUUUGCUGCUGCUGCUAAGACUUGUGAUAGCGUCCUUCAGCUCGAUCCCACUAAUCGCAAGGCUCUAUAUCGGAAAGGCCAGGCAAUUUAUUUGAACGGGGCAUUGUUCGGAAUGGGUGACUUUCCCGAAGCGAUGCAGGCCUACGAGGAGGCUCUUAGUUUGGAUCCUUCCUCUCCCCUCCUGCGGCAGUCACUGAAUAGAGCCAAAAUGGCUUGGAAGAGUCAGCGAGAUCGCCAGAUUCGAGCUCUUUCCCGUGCCUUCAGAGUGAAUGGGAGAGAAGGGAACAAAGCACCCAACUUCCGUGAUAGACUGAAAGGAAUUUUAUCUCGGUACAAGAUAGCUAUUUCUGCUGUCGCAUUGGCCGGCCUUUCUGUGAUGAUUGGAGGAACCCUCCUGCGUUUCAUUGAACAAAAGUAG